AUUUAAAAAAAAAAAACAAAAAAAAAAAUAUUUGCUUUCAUUUAUUUAAUUCUUUUGCUUGCAUCAGUAAUGUUGAACGUCAUGUCAGCUAGCAAUUUAAGGCCACAUCAGGCUGAAAGCUUGAAAUCAGCUCUUAGGUCUGUAACAUCCUUAAAAAGGAGCCAACAGGAUAGGCUCUUAUUCAGCAAAUCGGAUACAUUGACUCUGGCUAAUCGCGAUUAUGGCCUAAUGCGGAUAGCUUCCGUUAGGGUAACGACACCAUUUCCACGAGUAACUCCGGCAGUGGAUGCGGAGACGCUCCGCGAACGCCUUGCUAGUCAGCUAAACAUAGAAACGGCGAAGAGAGAAGAACAACGUGCUGAAAUGUUUGGGGCUCGGACAAUAAAAGGAGAUGCAGCAAGUAAACCCUUUGGCCCUCUGCAUCUCAGAAAGGAGUUGGCCGCGAAUCCCAAAUCACUCAUGAAAAAUGCGAAAGACAAACACAAUGUCUCGGACUGGAAGCCCAAUCGACAGCAGCCGAACUUUAGGCCAGGCACUAGAAAAGAGUCUUACUCUACCAGGAGUUCUGUUAACGAAUAUCCGUCGGUUGGCACACCGCAUCCGAAAAAAAAAAUAGUUCUAAAUCCCGUAAAUCUGGUAAAGCGUUUGACCGAAGCUAACAUCGAGCAAUCGUUACGGCGUGCAAAAAGAGUUAUCAUUAUGACUCCACGGCCAACCGCAUUUCACACGGAAGACUCAAAAUCUCAGAAGAACAACAUAAGUUUUGAGGAACGAAGGCGUUUAUUUGAUGUUGCCGAAUACACAAUAGCCAAGAACGGCAAAAAGAUGAGCGAAAUACCAAUGCCCGAACCCAGUACACCAAUAGAUAUUUCCGAAUCGAUAUAUCAUGUCGAUGAACAGGCAACGGCUGCGAUUGAAAAUUAUAUCAAAAUUCAAGGUUUAAUUAAAACGUCCCCCAAUACACUGGUGAGUGUGCCCCAGAUGCAAAGAAGCACGACACCCAUCGCGACCAAAUCAGAACGUUCAUCUGAAACGAGUCAACGGAGCGGAUCAAUCAUUUCAAAAAAUUCUAAUAGAUCGUCGACUGUAUCUAAGCAAGUUAGUCUUGUCAAGCAAAAGAAAACCCCAAGCUCAAUAUUAAAAUAUGCGUUCCACUUUCAGCCUGUUCCCAGUCAGCGAAGCAUUGCAUUCAAUACUUAGCAAAAGUGCUUUCGAAUUGAGACUUAAUCCGAUUCGAAGAGACUUUCGUUCAGUACGGAACGCAAUGGUCAUAUAAAUGUAGUACAAUAGUUUGGCUUAUAAAAUAAAACGCUUUUAUUCGUUUUUAA